CGUUCAUUUUAUUCCUUAAUUUUUUGCGUGCAUGCUUCAGUUCUAUUAUUUAAGGACGGUGAACAGAAAAAAAAAAAUAGAAGUGUCGCCAAUACAAUUAACUUUGCGCAAAUUGUAAGUGAACUACAUUAUAAUUAGCACUGUAAGUAAAGAUAUUAACAACAUAAUCGCUUUCCGUGGAGCGUGCAAAACAACGUCUACGUUUUGUUGUGGCAAUCAAGAAAAAGAAUAAUAAAAGGGGAAGAAAAGAGCCGCUGCUUUGAAUUUGAGCGUGGUUAUACGUGAAUGUGAUUGUGUGAGUGUGUGUAUAGUUUUGUGCAUACUUGUCUUGUUCCUUUUCGUGCCAAAAUCAGUGCAUCAUAGAGGCUAAAGGAAAAAUAGCCAAAGUGAAGAUCAGAUCUUUUUGAAAGAGAUGAGCUAUUUAACCAGCGAGCCGGUGCCGCCCGGAUUUGAGGAUGAAAUGGCGCGAGCAGCAAUUAUACAGAAGCAAAUUGAUAAUUACAAAGGUGGCGCUCUCAUUGGCACCGAAUACGUGGUGGAGCUGCACGAGAACGGCCAAGUGCAUCCCGAUUAUUUUUGUGUACUGUGCAACACAUGCAACGACAGCUGUUCCAUAUUCACACACUGGACCUCGGUUACCCAUCGGGUUAACUAUCUGAAGAAACACUUUCAGAAGGCCUACGAUAAGCUGCAGCAGCUGCGCCGCUCAUCCAGCAGCACCAGCAGCGACAUGUGCUCCGCCAUCGCCAAAUUGGUGCAACUGAUAGAGCAGCAAUGCGGUCGCAGCAUUCACCAUUUGGCUGUGGAUGGCGAUGAUUUUCGUCGUUUUCGUUCUAAGAUUUGUUCACAGGUACGCGAUCACUUUCAUUUCGAUGAAUGCACCGGCGUUGAUUUUGUGGAUGAGGUGCGUAAAAUCGUACAAGACAUGAAGCCAACGGAUUCGCUCAAGCCGAAAAAGAAUUUAAAUGAGCGCAAAUCUGAAGCUUCGGCCAUUGCACUGGAUGCCAUCUCCAGUGAUGAUGAUGAGAAUUUUGCUAACACAGCGCCACAGCAGACGUCGCAACAGCCAAAGAAGGCGCGCAAAAAGCAGGAGGAACAAAUGCCGGCAUACCGGGCCGCGAAUCGUUCACCGCCUCUGGGUAAAGAUCUGACCGCCAUUGCCGGCAAUACGACCCCAGCAGCAACCGUCAAGCUGCCGACACCCAAAGAGCUAUCAUUGCAGGCAUCGCAUAUUGCCCAGGAGCGCUACAAAUGGGAGAAGUUUCGCUGCAUGCUGGAGCUGCAGCUGAAGCAGUUGCGCGACGAAACCGAGACGUACGAAACGAAUCCGGAGAAGCAUCCCGACUAUUCCGAAGAAUGGAAACAGUUCUGGAAUCGACGCUAUAAGCAGCUACAGGAGGAAAAGAAAUGUGACCCGAAUACCUACGACUACAAGCCCGAGUGGAUCGCCUACUGGAAGGGCAGACGGGUCGAGCUCUUUAACAUUGCCGUCAAUAAAAUCAAAAAGGAGCUCAAGGAGAAGUUCAAACUUGGCGACGAGGACGAAGAGAGCACCAAGGAGCUGAUGGAUCGCUACAAAAUACGUGUGAACAGUCCCAAAAGUACCACCGAAGUGCCCGCAGGCACAGCUGGAGCUGGCAGUACAUCGAGUGGGCGUCGCAAGAACAGCUACCGUGGCUCCAGUACUCGAUCCAACAGCCGGCCUAUUGGCAUCGAUGCUAUCAUCGACAUCAGCGAUGACGAUCAGCAGCCACCAGCUGCUCCAACGGCACGCACCGGUCGCCGUCCAAACUAUACACGCUCGAUCUCGCGCAGCCUGUCGCCUAAACGUGGCCGGCCAGGUCCGGGGCGCUUAGGUCGGCGCUCGCGCACCCGUUCACCAAUCAGCUCCCGAAGGCGACCACGCUCACGCUCCAGAUCGCGUUCGGCUCAUCGGCGCUCGCGUUCGCCAUUUAGCCGAGGCCGGGAGCGAUCGUUGCAUUCGCGCGGCCGCGAUGAUUACAGUGAGAGAGGCCGUGAGAAAAGCGGCGAUUACUAUAGGCAGAGAAGCGGCAGUUAUUCGCGCUCCUCGCGCAACUUUGAGCCAAUCGAGUCAUUCCGUGUGCUUGACUCGCGCGUCUAUCCGGAAUAUAGUCACCAGAGACAGCGUUCAACAUCGCCGACGGGCACAGUCAUAUCCGAGAAGGAGCCAGAGCCGGCCGAAGAGGCCGAGGGUCCGUUGACCGUGGUCAGUGUGCUGCGCAUGCUAUCCGCAUUAGAGGAUCAGUUGGGCAGUCUGGGCCCCAAGGCUCUGAAUCUGCUGAGCAAAGCGCUGGCCAUGGAGAAAAUCAAACCGAACGCUGCCGACGAUCUCUUAUUGAACGAGGACAAUUGUGUCUUCUUGGAGACCACCAAGGAGAAGCUAAAGGGUAUACUCAUUGCCGAAGUGCUCGAUGAUCCGCAAAAAGUGCGCGUUGUGAAAAAGUUAAUCAGCAAUAUAGCCACCAUCAUCUUCCAAGUGACCUCCAGGGGUGUUCAAGAGGUGCAUGAUCAUGAGCCAAAGCAAACGGAUUUGGCCAAAAAGAAAGAGUACCAGCUGCCCUUCGAUAGACAGCUCGUCUCGUCGAAACUGGCCAGCGAACUGGUGUUGAAUGGUAUGGACAACUUGAGCACCGAUGAUAUGAACAAAUUGGUGCACUUCUUCACGCUGCUGGUGAAGACGGAUCACAGCCGCCGCCAGGUGGAUAGAAAAAGCGGCUUCAGCUUUGGCGAGGUGCCGCUCCGCCUGGGACUUCCCAAUUACAGUAAUGAUGCUCAUGAGGGCAACCACAAGGGCGGCAGCGGUGGUGGCGGUGGCGGUGUCGGUGGCGGAGGCGUUGGCAGUGGCAGUGGCACUGGCACUGGCGUCGGCAUGCUGGACAUUGAUAUUUGUGAGUUAAUGAAGGAGGUGGAGCAUCAGCUGGCAAAGGAGACUGGCAACGAUCUGAAGGCGAAGGCAGCCACCAAUGAUACUGGCAACAACAUGAUGGAAUCGCUCACCGAUUCCGAUUUGCAGACUCUGCUGCAGAACUUCAAGUUUCUGUCCAACGAGGAGCAGGUGCAUCUGAUUGGCCAUCUGCGCAAGCUGGAGAAAUUGGAACCGAUACGCGUUGAGCGUUUGCGCAAAUACGUGAACAUUGCCGAGCUAAGCAGCGAUGGCGAAUCCUGCAGCGAUUAUCUCUCACGUGUUGUGGCCAAUGGACGGCCCAUAGGCAGCAGCUCGCGCGGUGGUGCUGCUGGUGUUGCUGACGAUGCUGUCGAAGCUGCCGUUGCUGCUGCAGUUCGUCGCAAGAGCAUGGAGCGUGAACAGCCCUCGUCGGCGAAAGUGCAGCGUCGCAAUUCACCCAAAUUUUUACUGGAUGAUGAUGACGACGAUGAUUACAAUUUCGAUGAUCUGGUGAUGAAGGCAAACAGCUCGAAUGGCAACAAGAAGAAGACCACGCCCAUGCCGCCCAUUGUGCCGGCAGCAAUGUCACCCAAUGCGCUGACCUUCAAGCCGGCGGCAUCGAAGAUUUCGCUAAAGGACACCGAGAACAUCAUUGCCAAUCUGAUGGGCACAUUGACCAGCAAUACCAAUCAGGCAAACAGCGCUGCCAAGCAGCAGCAGCAGCAGCAGCUGCAGCAACAGCAGUCACAGCAGCAGCAGCAGCAGCAGCAACUUCAUCAACAGCUGCAGCCAAUGCGUGGUAUCCCACAGCAGCAUCAACAACAACAGCUGCAACCACCACCGCAGCAACCCACACAAUUCGGCAACAUGAAUGGGGCAAUUGGUGGCAGCUCGGCAGUAGUACCGACUGGUAACGAUAGCUACUAUAACUUUGGCCACGAUCAGCUGUCUGGCGGUCCCACCUAUCCAAAUAUGCCACAGCAACAGCCGCCGCCGCAGCAGCACCAACAACAACAACAGCAGCAGCAGCAACAGCAACCUUAUAAUAUGGGCAACUACAAUGCAUACGGUCCGCCCAACGGUGGCUAUGGUGGCCAAAUGAAUCCCUGGGCGGCCAAUGGACCGCCGCAGCCGUUUAACAACAUGCCACCGAACUUCUUGCCACAGCCGCCGCAGCAGCAGCCGCCGCACUAUAACAACAUUUUUGGCCGUCAUCAUUGAGUGCGCCGCAACUAGUUCGGCCAAUUUCUGUAUCAAACAAAAAACGAAACCUUGAUAGGAUUUAAGCUU